AUGGCCCAGACACGCAACAAGGCAGCCAAGAAGGCCAAGGCAGUCAAUAUCCUCAAGACCACCAACAAGAAGAAUAUCAGCAAGAAGACUACCAAUAAGAAGUCUGCCAGCAAGAAGGCUGCUCAAAUGGCUCCCCGUUCUCCAAUCGACCUCAACAAACUUUUCCCACCCUGGGGCUCUGAAGAGGCGCUGAACCAGACGGCAAAUAAGGUAGCUACUGAUAUCAUCGAAGCCAUGUACCAUGACAUCAAUGCCUACUGCCAUCUUGAGAGACUCGUGCACGACAAUUCUUUCAAUUGUCGGGAAAUGUUCUCUAACAUGCAUGUCUUCACAGAAGGAUUUGUGGAGCGGGAAAUCGGCACCUACAUGGCCACCGUGGAAUCUUUCAAGGCGGAACAUGGUGAGUUCCAACCCGUCGCACCUAACAGCAGGUUUUUACAGUUCGUUACUGGACUCGGAUGGAAAAUAUUCGCUGUCUGUGCCCAUGCUGAAGCAUUCCGACGAGCGAUCAAAGAGGCUGAUGAUAGAACCUGGGAUUUCCUGCUCCAGAAGAUUCAGGGAAACCUUUUGAGCCUUGAACUUUAUGCACACAGCCGUGCCCUGAAGUGGCGUAAUGUGCUUUGGAUCCACCAGGGAUACUCCAUCCCAGGCUUGCCAGAUCUGAAACCCGAAAUUGAAAGAUACAUGGAGUGGAAGGUCGACCACCCUCACCACACCGUCAUCACGCUCGACGGCAAACUGAAAGAGCCCCUGUGGAAAGGCAAGUUACAGCAACAUAUCAACGAGAGUAUAUAUGAUCCCAAGAAGUGGGGUGGUCGUAAACAGGAUCCGACGCUUCGUAAUAUGCCCAAUGGCCAUUCGACCAACGUCGGACUUGAUUGCUUUGUAUGCGGCGAACCUGAUUCUUGUGGCUGCCGCGCGACAUCUGUGGCAGCAGACCUGGUUGAGUUGAGAGAAUACCCUCAGACAGGUACUGGUGUUCGAUCGCUGGCGAAAUGGACCCGCGGUGAUAUUCUCGAUAUAUUCAUCGGUGAGCUCCUUCCUGAGUGCGUAGAGACCGUUUAUCCUCUUAUACAAUGCGAAGACAAAGACGAAGCGAAUAUCCAUAAAGCUCGCGAGCUGUGUACAAUCUCCCCCCACCAUUUUGGUAACUGGACCCGUUAUAUCAGCCAUUCAUGCCGGCCAUCGACUGAGUUCACGACUCGCACCAUUGGAAAUCGAGUUGUGUGUACAGUUGAAGCCCUUCGUGACAUCAUGGUCUUCGAAGAGAUUACUGUUGGCUAUGGGGAUAGAUACUGGAAGACUAAGGACUAUGAAUGCCUAUGUGGGCACUGUGAUGAGAGCUAUGCGCGGGGCCCAUCAAGCCCGCCAUUGAUUGACUCCACAGUCGGCGACUAUUUUGCCAAGAUUGUCGCGGAAUGCGGUGAUAGAACAGCUGUCAUCUCAAGACAUCAGAAUGAUCGAGCAACAUAUGCUUCCUUAGACACAAGAAGUAAUGCUCUCGCCCGGGGGCUAGCAUCAGUGGGUGUUGGCAAAGGGGAGCGGGUUGGAGUCAUGCUUGGGAACUCGAUGGAAUACGCCGUGGCGACGUACGCGUUAUUCAAACUUGGUGCCAUUUUGGUUCCGCUCAAUCUGUCUUUCAAUACUGCACAAGUAAUUGCAGCUCUGGGUCACCUGGAAUCCAGUUAUCUUUUAAUCAGCACAGAGUCAAAUCUGCCCCGAAAAAAACCACGAAGCAAUAUCCCCUUGCUCGAUGACCUUGUUGAAGAUCUCUACAAAUCAAAAUUGGAGUCCGCACUGGUCCCUUCUCUGAAAAAGGUCAUCAUGGUCGACAACUCUGAAGGUCGGGUGGAUAUAUCAUCAUAUAAAAGCUUGAUGUCAUAUUCAUCUAUUAUGUCCGAGCUUGCUGCUGACGGCCGCCCGCUUCCUCCUCAAAAUCUCUCGCCGCAUGAAAUUGUGAAUAUCCAGUUCACAUCAGGAACCACAUCAAUGCCCAAGGCAGCAUGCCUCAGCCACCACUCCACCCUGAAUAACGGCUCUCAGAUCGGUGAUCGCAUGCUUCUUACGCCGGACGAUAUUGUCUGUUGCCCACCACCGCUGUUUCAUUGCUUCGGCAGUAUAUUAGGCUAUAUGGCGACAGCAACUCACGGUUCGGCCAUCGUCUUUCCCAGUGAGUCUUUCAAUGCCCGUGCUGUGCUUGAGGCUGUUCAAGAAGAGAAAUGUACCGCGCUGCACGGUGUGCCAACGAUGUUCCUCGAGGAGCUAAGCAUGAUCGAGGAGAGAGAAAUCUCCAGCGAGGGAUUCCAGCAUCUUCGCACGGGCAUCGCUGCUGGAAGCAGUAUUCCUUCCGAGAUAAUGAAGAAACUGCACAGGGUACUGAAUCUGACCGAAUUGACAAUCUGUUAUGGAAUGACGGAAACAAGUCCCGUCUCGGCUAUGACAACGACAGAUGAUCCCAUUGAUAAGCGGAUCUAUUCUGUCGGAAAACUCAUGCCACAUGUCGAGGCAAAGAUCGUGGACCCGGUGAACAAGAAAGAUAUCCUCCCUAUAGAGGCACGGGGCGAGUUGGCAGUGAGCGGGUACCUAUUGAUGAAGGAAUACUGGGCCGAUCCAGAGAAGACCGCGGAGGUGAUGAUUCCAGAUGAAUCUGGCAAGGUGUGGAUGCACACUGGAGAUGAAGCUUCUAUAUCACCAGAUGGAUAUAUCACUAUCACUGGACGGAUCAAAGACCUGAUCAUUCGCGGUGGCGAGAAUAUACACCCCCUAGAGAUUGAGAAUUGCUUGCUAGCCAACGAUGGCGUUGCAGAUGUGUCUGUCGUCGGCAUCCCCGACGUGAGAUAUGGCGAGGCAGUCGCUGCUUUUGUUGUUGCUCGGGACCAAGGCUCAAAGACCGUCACUGCCGAGGAUAUCAAGCAAUGGGUGCGUGAAAAGCUUAGCAACCAUCUGAUUCCGAAGCAUAUCUUCUUUUUGGGCCCUUCGGAGUCUUUCCCCAAGACAGCAAGUGGAAAGAUCCAGAAGUUCAAGCUCAGGGAGAAGGCCAUUGCACUUUUGGCCAAGAGCACUGUAGAAAUAGCAAGCGCGUAA